UGUGUGCUCGUGCUGUGUGAGUGUUCGGGGGGCGGGGCUGAGCGCGAGGACGGUGUCUGUGUUUUAAAAUGGCUGAAAAAUGAAAAGAAAGUGAAGAAAAACGAACAAACUGCAACCUUCUUGAUGGAUCAGCCCGAAACCAGCCGAACAGGGUCGAAACCAGCCGAAUAGGGCCGGACAGGCCCGAACUGAACCAAACCUGAGCGGCUGUAUCUCUGCGCGUCCAGUGAAGAGCAGCAGGUAGACGGACAGGUGACACCUGGACAGGUGAGCUACCAGGACUCCAUCUCCCAUGAUGCCCGUGGACGUGGCGGUGAGGUUCUGUCUGUCCAGCUCUCCUCCUCUGUGCCUCUUCCUCAGUAACCAUGACAAUCGCUGCUCGCCAUCAGCCGCCAUGCUGCGACCCUGCCUGUGCUGUGAACGCGUUGCCAAGGUAACCACGUCCUCAUCAUCAGCGGCAGAAAGCGGCCAGGUGAGGAGGAAGAAGAAGAGCGUGGUGUUCGCAGACUCUCAGGGUCUGGCGUUAACUGCCGUGCACGUGUUCCACGAGGACGAGGACGAAGACGAGCUGCAGUUCCACCUGACAGAGAUAGAGGGCGCUGCCGACGACAUUCACCUGGGGGAAGGUACAGACUCGACAGACGGUGGUUCUGUUCUGGUUCUGGACUUCACUCCGCCAGCUGAAGACUACCUGGACCUGAGGAACCGGCUCAAAGCGCAGCAGGUGUGUCUGGAGACGUGUUCUGUUCAGGACCGGCUGCUGUCUGGUUCCGUCCAGGUGCGUAACAUCUGCUUUGAGAAGAGCGUGUUAGUUCGGAUCACCUUCGACUCGUGGCGCUCCUUCCAGGACGUGGGCUGCCGGUACCUGAACAAUGUCUACGGCGGCUCCAACACCGACACUUUCUCCUUCUCCGUCUCGGUGCCGGAUCUGCUGGAGCCCUGCAGCCGGGUGGAGUUCUGCAUCCGGUACCAGACCCGGGAGCAGACGUUCUGGGACAACAACCUGGGGAACAACUACCGCCUGGUGCUGUCAGGUCCCAGCCGGAGCGCUGAGAGUCCAGCGGGGAAGCAGAACCAACGGGCAGGGACCAGGGAGCAGAUGGAGUUUGACCCGUUUGGAAGCCCACGGACCUCAGUGGGGAUCUUUCCUGAAUGGCAGAGCUGGGGGCAGAUAGAUGGGAGCGCCCCCUACUGGUGACACCUGCUUUUAAUGACUUUUACACUCCACCAGCACUGAAGCCAUCUUAUUCUGGGAAGCAUCAAGAACCCACCGAGCACCGCUUCACUGCAGUCACUUUACCUGAACACGGAACAGACAGAUGUUGACCUCUGGGUGGACUGGAGGCAAACAGGAAGUCUCGAUCAGGGAUGUCCCGGUCUGAUCCCAAUGUAGUAGUAGAGGGUACAUGUAGUACUAGAGGGUAGGAUGUACUGCAGUAAACCUGUUUUCUAUGAAGGUAUUUCAGGUGCAAAAUGUUUGAGCACCUGUACCAUCAAAUUUGUAGUUGUGUACAUUGAAUUUGUAUCAGCAAGUCUGAUUUCCCACACUCUGAGUCGUGUACUUGGAAAAUAAAUUCUUGUAUGUGUCGGUUUUUUUCUUCCCACAAAUAAAACACAAAAAUACACAUUCAUAAAAUCACAUUCACAGGUGCACAAAUCCUUCUCUACAAGUCACAUAUUUCAACACUGACACGCUCACAUUUUGCAUCUAUUGUUGCAGCACACUAAGUGCAAAACAUACUUGUGCAC